GGUAUUUAUUUACGAAACUAAAAGGAUUGAUUACUAUUAUCAAUAAAUAGUGCAACCUAAUAAAAAAUGAGUAGUUCUGACUCCGACGAAGAAAAUGUUAUACGAUAUGGUACACCUUUAGAUCCAUACGAGGAAGAUGAAAUACCGUCAAAGCGGAAGUAUCAGCAGCCGCCAGAUCAGUUUGCGGUGGACGAGCAUGGGCGGAGGCGUUUCCACGGCGCUUUCACUGGGGGCUUUUCUGCCGGGUUUGGCAACACCGUGGGCAGCGCCGAGGGCUGGGCCCCGGCAACAUUCAAGAGCAGUAGGAGCGAUAAGGCUCAGCUUUCUAAACAACGUCCAGAAGACUUCAUGGACGAUGAAGACCGCGGUGAGCAUGGCAUCGCACCAAGACUCAUGGAAACACAGAGUGAAUUCUCCGGCAGGAAACGCCAGCACACUCGCUACCAUGAUGGACCUAUACCAGGCGAGCCAGUGCUGGAACAGCUAGUCCGAGCGGUCCACGAGACGGCAGCAGUGCGCAUGCUGCGCGCUAUGGGCUGGAGGCCCGGACAAGGCGCAGGGGAGCGCCUUAGGCGCCGCCAGAAGACCGCCGCGAGUGCGCGCCACAAGGUGUACGGGUGCUACAUGCCUGAGGAGUUGAGACCGACAUCGGAACCGCAGUCAGACAGCUCCGACUCAGAGUUCGAGUACGACACUUUAUUCGCGCCAGACGACUACGAGCCUUAUGUCCUGGCGCGCAAGAGCGACCGGUUCGGGCUGGGGUACUCCGGGCUCAGUCGACAUUCCGUCCUGGGCAGUAUGGCGGGGGAGUAUGGACAGGGCAGUAGCUCCAGCCAUCUUGUUAUGAGGGAUAAAGGGAAAAAGGUAUCGAUCCGAGGCCAGGCCUUCGGCGUGGGGGCCUUAGAGAGCGACGAUGGCGACAUCUACGCCACCGAGGACAUGUCACACUACGACUUCACACUCGGGGGGCCGGUUGAGCAGACACACAAACCGAAAGGCAGACAAGAGAGUAAUGUAUUGGAAGGCUUCGUCCGCUCCACGCGGCCCCUCCCCCCCGUACCCUCGCACCCGCCCCCCGCGCCGCCCCGCGACUACGCCCCGCUGCCCGCCGGCGCGAGAAGGUCCAGGUUCGAACCCAGCGCCGCACCACAACGGGAUCAAGGUCUCGGUCGCCACGAUCUGUCUGCCGAAGCGCGGGGCUCACUUUUAGGCGAAACACCCAUCCCGAAAACAAAUAUACCAGAAAACGAACCAGAUAUACCUCAUAAACCCGAUCCCAUAUCACUCCUCGGCAGAACCGUCAACUUCGUAAAUACCACAGACACAGAGAAAGCAGAUGACUUCAUCUCUAUAAAAGACUCUGGAAAAGAGAUUAAAAAAGUCUUCAAGCCUUUCGUGAGUGAUCCGGCGAAACAGGCGCGGUACGAGAAGUAUUUGAAAGACAAGGACAGCGUGCUAGAGACGAGGGAGAUGGAUAGAUUGACUGUGUGGGAGAGGAAUAGAGAGAUAUCUGAGUUUGAGCAGGCUUCGAAGUUGUAUAGACCGCUUUCUGGUGUUAUGGGUGACAGAUUCACCCACGCCUCUGAGCCGGACGACGCGAUUAACCCCCUCACGGCCGUGGCGCGCAGCGCGACCAACUACGGGUUGGCGACGCCCGACCAGCUGCACGCGGCGCGUAUAGGCGCUUAUGGCGUCAUCACGCGCCGGGAGGCGCCUUGGCGGCCCGAGGCUGUAGUGUGCAAGCGGUUCAACGUAGCUGAUACACUAGCCAGGCCUGAAUCGAAAAAGGGAGACAAACCCAAAGUGUCAUACUCCAUAUUUAACUAUUUAGAGUCAUCUGUUCACGAUAAAGAGAGCUUCGCCAAAGAACAACACACUUUCAGCGGCUCCAAGUCUUUGAACAGAGAAGACAACAGAACAGAACUGACCAAAGACAAAAAUAACGAUAAGGUCACAGAAAAAGAUGUAGUUAAAAUUAAUGUUGAUCCUAAACCUAGUACUAGUACAGACACUAGUUUCAAAAGACUCACAGUCGCCGAAUUGUUUUUAAAAGAAUCGGAAAAAGAUUUAAAUAGCAAAGAGAAUGUAGAAGUCACAGAAACGAUUAGUAAGUUUGAUAAAAUCGAUUUAUAUAAAUCAAUUUUUCUCAGUGACAGUGAAAAUGAAGAUGAAACAGCGAAGGAAGAUAAUAUUGAUGAAACUAAAACUAAUACUGAUAAGCCUACAUCUAUGUUUGAUAGUGUAAGCGAAUUUAUAGAAGUACCAAGGAAUGUUGAAAGAAAUACUUCUCCACCUAGAGGUAUAUUUGCUAAUAUAGAUUUUGAUGAAAUCAACUCAUGGAAAAGAAAUGCCGAAGAAAAAGUUGUAAAUACAAAUGACAUUAAAACUGAUGAUAUUUCAAGUGUAGAAGCUGAUAUGUAUGGCCCUAAAAUUCCAGAUAAUCUAAAGAAAAGACUAGAAGAGACAGAGCGAGAGAGAAUAACAGACAAACCUACGUUUAGGAGCAAGAGUGAGAGGGAAGCUAUAGAAAUAUCGUCGUCUAGCUCAGAUUCGUGGGUGGAAGCGAGAGAGGUGAAAUCUAAGAAGAAAAAGAAAAAUAAGAAACAGAAAAAGGCUAAGAAGUCUAAACACAAGAAAAAAGAUAGAUAAUGUGGAU